AUGACUGGCAGUCUGUGUGAUACAGAAAGCUCUGAAGAGCCUGAGCCAUCCUGCCGGAUAAGGAGGCCAAAAACGACACGCUCUUGCCGGGCCGGACUGAUAUUCCCAGUAAGCCGCAUUGAUAGAUUCCUCCGGAAGGGAGACUAUGCAGAGCGGAUUGGGUCAGGAGCAUCAGUAUACAUGGCUGCAGUGCUUCAGUACCUGACAUAUGACAUUGUGGAUACUGCUGGGAACAUUGCUGAAAAUGACAACAAACGUCGAAUUGCCCCGCGGCAUCUACAGCGAGCCAUCAGCAAUGAUUCUGAACUCCACUGUCUGCUUGGAGGUAUCACCUUCCCCCAGGGGAACACCCUGCCCAAGAAUCGGCCUGCCACAUCAACCAAGAAGGGGAAGGGCAAGAAAUCUGGCAAGAGCGUAAGAGCUAAAGAUAUUGUUGCUGCUUAA